GUAAGCCUCUGAACAUCCCUUGCAAAGCAUUCUUUGGAUUCAGUGGAGAGUCUGGGCCAAUGAUCUACUGGAUGAAAGGGGAGAAAUUUAUUGAAGAACUGGCAGGUCACAUUAGAGAAGGUGAAAUAAGGCUCCUCAAAGAGCAUCUUGGGGAAAAAGAAGUUGAGCUGACACUCAUCUUUGAUUCAGUGGUGGAAGCUGACUUGGCUAAUUAUACUUGCCACGUGGAAAACCGAAAUGGACGAAAACAUGCCAGUGUUUUGCUGCGUAAAAAGGAUUUAAUAUACAAAAUCGAACUUGCAGGGGGUCUGGGGGCAAUCUUCCUCCUCCUUGUAAUGCUGGUGGUGAUCUACAAAUGCUACAAUAUUGAACUGAUGCUCUUCUAUCGACAGCAUUUUGGAGGUGAUGAAACUACUGAUGACAAUAAAGAAUAUGAUGCCUAUCUUUCGUACACAAAAGUGGAUCAAGAUACUUUAGACUGUGACAAUCCUGAAGAAGAGCAGUUUGCUCUUGAAAUACUGCCAGAUGUCCUGGAAAAACACUAUGGAUAUAAACUCUUCAUUCCAGAAAGGGACCUGAUUCCAAGUGGAACAUACAUUGAAGAUCUCACAAGAUGUGUUGAGCAAAGCAGAAGACUUAUUAUCGUGCUCACUCCAGACUAUAUUCUCAGAAGGGGAUGGAGUAUUUUCGAACUGGAAAGCAGACUCCAUAACAUGCUAGUCAGUGGAGAAAUCAAAGUGAUUUUGAUUGAAUGUACAGAGUUAAAAGGAAAGGUGAAUUGCCAGGAAGUGGAAUCACUAAAGCGAAGCAUCAAGCUUCUGUCCCUGAUCAAGUGGAGGGGACCCAAAAGCAGCAAGUUAAAUUCUAAGUUUUGGAAGCACUUAGUGUAUGAAAUGCCAAACAAGAAAAAAGAAACGCUAUCUCAGUGCCAUGUUCUGGACUCUGCAGAACAAGGACUUUUUGGAGAACUCCAGCCUAUACCCUCAAUUGCCAUGACCAGUACCUCGGCCACUCUGGCAUCAUCUCAAGCCGAUCUCCCUGAUUUUCACCAUUCAGAUUCAAUGCAAAUGAGGCACUGUUGCAGAAGUUAUAAACACGAUAUGCCAACCACAACCUUACCAAUACCUUCCUUAGGCAACAACCACACUUACUGUAACUUGCCUCUGACACUACUCAAUGGACAGCUACCCCUUAAUAAUACUCUGAAAGAUACCGAGGAAUUUCCUAGGAACAAUUCCCUGCUACCUUUAUCAUCCAAAGAGCUUAGCUUCACCAGUGAUAUUUGGUAGUGAAAAAAACUGAAUUCCUCUGAUCAGCUAUAUGAGUCUACAUAAUUUUUGCUAUACUAAGCAUAAAGUACACCCAAUAACAUCGAGGUGCUGAAAAUAAUGAAGAAAAGGCAUGAAAUCACUUUUGUACUUAAAUAUUUUUGUUUACAUUUCCAGAAUAGAGGGGGGAGGGGAGGACUUACUUUUGUAGUGUGUUGCCUUGUUCCAAUGUACAGUUUUUAUUUACUCCUGAAAAGAAUUUUUUUAAUUUUGUUGUUUUAGUGUAGGUUUUAUGAUAUCAUACAGACUGCAACCUU